AUGUGCCCUGGUCUCUCUGUUGAUCUUCGACAGAUAGACGACUCCCGCAAGACCGCCAUCAUCAAAAAGGAACUGACACGGCUUAACAUCGACGUUGCCUGUCUCCAGGAGACUCGGCUGGCCGACAGCGGCUCUCUUAGAGAAUCAGGCUACACCUUCUUUUGGCAAGGCUUGUCCCAGGACGAGCCGAGGCAGCAUGGAGUAGGUUUUGCUGUGAGGAACUCGCUGCUCGCCACCACAGAAACGCUGACUGGAGGCAGCGAAAGAAUCCUAGUCCUCCGCAUGAAGACAUCUACAGGCUACUUCAAGUGCAAGGAGCUGCACAAAGUGUCUUGGAGACAUUCCCGGUCCCGCCACUGGCACAAGCUCGACCUUGUCAUUACUAGGAGAGCAGACCUCAGCAGCGUCCUCCACACGCGAAGCUACCACAGCGCAGACUGUGACACAGACCACUCCCUUGUUGGCAGCAAGAUCAGGCUGAAGCCCUGUAAGAUCUACCACGCCAAGACAAAGGGCUGCCCCCGCAUCAACACCUGCGCUACUGCCGACCCAGCCAAGGCUCAGAGCUUCGUCGAGACCCUUCAGAAAAAGCUUGCGGUGUUUUCCGAUGCUAACGCACAACAAUGCAGCGUGGGCGGAGUCUCAAAACUUGGAAUGAUGCUGCAACGUCACAUCUUCAAGAGGAUCACGGGAGCUUCCCUGGGGGACGUGUGUUACCAUGAGUGUACCGCUGACGUCAGAUGUCAAAGUUUCAAUUACGUUUUCACACAAGAGACUUGUGAAUUGAAUAACCGUACCAAGGAGGCCAGACCCGAGGAUUACGUUCCAAACGUGGAGCGGUAUUAUUUCAAACGAGAUUUGAACAGGGUCCCUCUCGGCUCUAUUCCUGAGCUGGCUGCAGAGACUUGUCAAGAAAUCAAAUUGAGCGAAGGAGGACAAGCGGUCAGCGGCAAAUACUGGUUUUCUUCGAUUGUGCCCGCAAAGACUGUUCUGGCUCCUUGUGACAUGAAAACCGAAGACGUGGACGAAUGUAAUUCAACAAUUCCCGUCUGUGACAUCAAUGCCAAGUGCGUGAACACCAUCAGUUCUCACAGUUGCAAGUGCAAAGCGGGUUUUACUGGAAAUGGAAAAAAAUGUAUCGAUGUCGACGAAUGUACCAAGAAUUCA